CUCGCAACGGGUUAAGCUUGUGAGCACGGACACGUUGAGGGGGAGUAGCCAAGACCAAGGAGCAAAAACAUCAUAGCACAUUCCUGAGUAGUCCUCAGCUGCCAGCAUCUGAUUAAAACCAUAUCUCUCGCUGUGAGUGGCUAACUAAUCUGAAGGCGAGAGCGCGACAGAAUAUUUAACCGCGCCGCCGGUCCCAGCCAGGUUACUGGCUGUGGUCAUCGGAUCAUGCACGGAGAGGUUCGUACCCAACCCCAAGCAUAGCUGACAACCAUCUCAUCAUGUCUACUGAAACUGAAACUACAACUAUCAACAGCCAGUCUGAGCAACAGACUCCAUCAAAAGCUCAAACUUCAAAGAAAGAAAAAAAGAAAGGGCCAGAAAAAACAGAUGAAUCUCUCUUGGCUAGAUUCAAAGGUGAUGGUGUAAGAUACAAAGCUAAACUGAUUGGCAUUGAUGAUGUUCCAGAGGCAAGAGGAGACAAAAUGAGUCAGGAUUCAAUGAUGAAGCUGAAGGGAAUGGCAGUGGCAGCCCGUUCCCAGGGUCAACACAAACAGAAGAUCUGGGUGAACAUCUCCCUCUCUGGUAUCAAGAUAAUAGAUGAGAAAACUGGGGUCAUAGAGCAUGAGCAUCCAGUAAACAAGAUCUCUUUUAUUGCCCGGGAUGUAACAGACAAUCGUGCCUUUGGCUAUAUUUGUGGAGGAGAAGGCCAGCACCAAUUUUUUGCCAUAAAAACAGCACAACAGGCUGAGCCUCUAGUUGUUGAUCUUAAGGACCUCUUCCAACUAAUAUAUAAUAUGAAGAAGAAGGAAGAAGAUGACAAGAAAAAGGGAGAUGACCAGAUGGACUUGUUUGGGGAUAUGUCAACACCGCCUUAUAUGACCAUUUCCACAGAAGCUAAAGACAUUCUGUUAGUGGAUCUAAAUUCUGAAAUUGAGACCAGAGAGACUUUUACAAGAGAGGAUUUCUUCUUGAAUGGCAUCAGUUGUCUGCCACAGCCACCCUUCUUGCCUGAGAGUUCUUUGUGUACCAGUCUUAGCUUCUUUCCCACACCUAAUCCAGACCCUUUCAGUGAUGAUCCUUUCGCACAGCCAGACCAAUCUGCACUGCCUUCAUUUGAAUCUCUAAAAUCUACUGAUCAGAAGAUGGAAAGUCUGGGUACCUUGACACUGGUGGGUAAUGGUACUUCAAAUAGUGAUAUUGACUACUUUGGUAAACAGUUUGACAAGAUUUCUAAUAGAACUGGCAAACAAAAAGCACUAGCAAGCCAGUGGCUACCUGAGAGUAAGUCACCUGAAGCAAGAACUCCAAAUGGGGUACCAGAGGGAGAACAGAAUGGCUUUCUUAAAGCCCCAUCAAACCUGUUUGUGAAAGGUCCUUCCAAAGGAGUAUCUCUGCAGAAUGGAGUAAAGCUGGAUUCUGAAAGCAAUAUCCAGCUCAUGUCACAUGAGUCUAUAACAAUUAGCCCACCACCACAAAGUACCAAGCCAGGAAGAGGAAGGAGGUCUGUCAAGAUGGCAUCAAAAGACUUCUUGAGCUCAGACAUCUUUGACCCAGUUACAGACAUCCUUAACCUGACCUCAGUGGCACAAACAGAACCUGUGUCAACUUGUCCACUGGACAUCUUCCAAACAAGUGCUACCACAGCAUCUUCAUUGGCUGGUCUAGGUGGCUUGCCAAUAAGUUCAUCACCAUGGAGUGCACAGACACCUGCCUUCCCUCAGGGUGCAUCAGUCUUUCCUGGGUCUAUGAUGCCUGCUCAACCUACAGGAUUUACUCAACCACUUGGCUUUGGCACUCCAGCAGUACCAAGCUGGAACCAGCCUGCACCUUUUGGUACAGCAGCCCCUCAGUCCGCUGGUAUCUGGGCACAGGCACCACAAAUUCCAUCUAGUCCAUGGGCGCAGCCAUCCAGUGCUGCAAACCCGUUCCAUAUGAGUGUGUUCUCAUCUUCAACACUACCUGCUCAGAUGCCAUCUGUACUGUCCUCCAUGUCAACAACAACUAACCCACCUCAGCCACCACCUAGAACUGCACCUCAGAAGGAGCUGUCUAGGAAAGAGAAUGAUGCUUUUCUUGAUCUGGAUCCACUUGGUGAUAAAGAGAUGAAGGAUAUUAAGGAAAUGUUCAAAGACUUCCAUCUGACAAAGCCACCUGCAGUACCAGCAAGGAGAGGAGAGCAGCAAACCCUUUCAGAACCACCAAAGACUGUUCCCCAACAAAGUAUACUGCCUGCUGAUGACCUGUUUGAAAGUCAAGCUAUAACAGAUAUUUUCAGUGCACCACAUAUGGAAUCUCAGAAACCACCUUCUGGUCCUUUUGGUGAUCCUUUUGGCAACCCAUUUGCAUAGAUCAGGCAAGACCAGGAACGGACAAAUGGAAUAACUGGACCUCUUCUCAACAGGAGUUUUCUACUUGUUUCACUUUGCUGUCUCCCACAAUUGCUGCCAUUCCAUGUCCAGCUGGAUUGAAACACGAACCCUCAAGGAACACGCUGUGAAGAUGAUAAUUCAGGGCAAAGCAAAUGAAAAGUUGGACUGAUACUGGAGACCCCAAUUCACAUUGGUGGAUGUUAACUUUACAUUAGUUUUUUUGCCAUCUUCCAUAGAACAGCUUAGAUACACUAAGUCAUGUGUCUUGUGAACAUCGUCACCAUAAUUCCUCUUUGUAGAGCACUUACUGUCCUAAAAUACAGGAACUGAAUGUACCUGGGGAAGAAGUGUUGCCUUCACAUAAGGAAAUUGAAUUGGUAGCUGAAACUCCACAGCUUAAACAACUAGGUCAGUUGCUUGUUAUGAAAACAGCAGCCAGUUGUAAAGUUAAGUGGACACUACUCAGUUCUAAUUGGUGACUAGACGUAUGACUUGGUCUCUGAGCCACAGAGAUAUAGGGGGAAAAAGUCCAAUAGUUCCCUGUUUAACUAAUGGUAAUAGUAUCAUUCUGCCAUAAAUGUGUAACAAAGACAUUAAUUGUAGUGUCUGUAACAGAACUGCUGGGGUCCUGAGCACCAGAGGUCUCCACUGUAGGGUCAGAUAAGCUGAAACAAAUCUUGCAGAAUACUGAGAUACGAACUGUUGUCUUGGUGCUAAUAUGACUUUUUUUCAGGGAGGGAAAGCUACUAGGAUUACUUUUGUUAAGGUGGCUUGGCAGACAAGUGGAACAAGCAGAUAAGCUUCUUGUGUAUAUCUCAGUGAACGUCCCUGUUGUUGCUCAGUUUGAGUUGUCACAUGGUGUAGUGUGGCAUAUUUCCAAUAUAGAAAGCAAAAAGACAAUUAUGGCUUCACUCCAUGCCUAGACUCCUUGUGAGCAGGUGCACCACCUCUGUGUCAUUAAUGUGGGGUAGUUCUCAAUUUCUUGAAAACUGUGCCUUUUCUAAAGAACCUCUUUACUGACAGAUCUCUAAAUCAGUUGGUUUUAACUGACUGUAACUGUUACAUUCUUGGCCAGUGGUGAUGGUUGAUGCAUCAGAGGUUUUCCUGUUAAUGCUAAGUAUAAACUUGAAAUAGCAUUGUUAAUUCAAAUGCCACAGUAGCUGCUGAACUGGAGAGCUAAGAAAGUCAACUUGAAUACAGCAUUAAUACCCGAUUCAACCAGUCAUGCAAUUAGUCUUGUAUUUAAAUGUCUUUUGCACUUUGUAAUGCAAAAAAAAAAAAAAAAAAAAAACAAAAAAAAACCUAUGAAUUUAAGUAUUUGUCCCAAACUGGAAAUGUAGAAAUUUGGAUGUUUCACUGUGGUAUAAAAAUGUUAUAUCCCAAGUAAUGUUACCUAAUGGCAAUAAAAAGAAGUAACUCUUCACAGCAAAUGCA